AGUUUAUUUUUGAAGAUGCAUCAGAUGAAGAUGAGAAGCCUUGUUGCACAUCUUUAACUCGGAAAUGUUGGAGGCAUAAGUUAAAGCAAGUCGAAAUGCAAAAUUUUACAUGUAUGGAGCAACAGGAGUUGAGUAACUAUUUUUUCACAAAUCUGGGCCUAAUAACUGAUGAGGUUGUUGGGGCAAGCUGUGAAAAUGAGCCAUCAAGUGGACUUGGCAAUCUGCCAAGAAGAAGCAAAAGGGUGCGAUUACCAAAUCAGAAACUGGCUAAUUAUAUCUGCGGUGUUGCCAACAGGCGUGGGCGAGGUAGCACUGGUUUAAAUAGAAUAAUGCGAGUAGGUAGAGUAGCGGUCGGAAAAGUUGGUUAAGAUAUUUCUCUCUGUCUGUGGCUUUAUCUUCCCUUUAUUUUCUCUUUCUUCAGCAAGUAUUUUAUUACCUUGUAUUGCUAUCUUAAUCUUGUACUGGAUUCCACAAUUAUCAGAAUAUCAUCCGAUGUCACUAUUUCGUA